GAUCAUGUGUGGCGUGGAGGCAUUCUGCUGGCAGCUCCUUGUGCACUGCUAUCAAAUGCCCAAAGAACAUCUCCCACCCGAAUCAAAUCCUGCAUCACCUGUCAACUUCUCCUCAACCAUACUCUUCUUGGCAUCUCAUCCCUGCUUGGUCCAGCAACUUCUACAUGCUCCUCUAAGCCUUCUUUCAGCCUGCCACCGGCCCCACUGCAAGCUCUCCAUCCCGAGCAAGUAACAGAUGCGGGUGAAAGAUCCAUCAAGAGCCAACCCUGAGAAACCAAAGAGAAGCAAAAGGCCAAACAGGCCACAGGAUGAGGACUCUUCAGAUGAUAUCUCAGGCUUAACCUGCCAGCACGUCAGCCAGGCAGUGGAUGUGCACCAUGUGAAGAGAGCAGUGGCUCAGAGCGUCUGGGCAAUAUGUGCAGAGUGCCUGAGGGAGAGGAGGAUGAGCGAGGGCGAGCCCCUGGCGCCGGGUGAUGUCUGGCUCUGCCUCAAGUGUGGCUCGCAGGGCUGCAGUAAGAACUCUGAAGGGCAGCAUUCUCUGAAACACUUCCAGAUGGCACGCACAGAGCCUCACUGUAUUGUUGUCAGCCUCAGCACCUGGAUCAUCUGGUGUUAUGAAUGUGAUGAGGAGCUGUCAACACACUGCAACAAGAAGGUUUUGGCUCAGAUAGUUGAUUUCCUUCAGAAACAUGGCUCCAGAGCUGAACCAAGCUCAUCUAAGCUGAUCCGUCUCCGUGAGGAAAGCAGCGAACCGAGCGAGAUCCUGAAAGGCAGAGGCUCUGCCACUGCUGCCUCAGUUCCAGUGAAGGGAAUAAACAACUUGGGCAACACCUGCUUCUUUAAUGCUGUCAUGCAGAACUUGGCCCAGACCCAUGUGCUGAACGAGCUGAUGUAUGAGAUGAAGGAGAAAGGAACCAAGUUAAAAAUCUGCCACACUUCAGACUCCCAGCUGGAUCCUUUGGUGGUCAACCUCUCCAGCCCAGGACCUUUGACUUCAGCAAUGUUCUUGUUCCUUCACAGCAUGAGGGAGGCUGGCAAAGGUCCUCUUUCUCCCAAGGUGCUCUUCAGCCAGCUUUGCCAAAAGGCUCCUCGAUUUAAGGGGUUCCAGCAGCAGGACAGCCAGGAGCUUCUGCACUACCUGUUGGAUGCCAUGAGGAUUGAGGAAACCAAGCGCAUUCAGACGGGCAUCUUGAAAGCAUUUAAUAACCCAACUACUAAGACAGCAGACGAAGAGACGAGGAGGAGAGUCAAAGCGUAUGGAAGAGAGGGUGUGAAGAUGAACUUCAUAGAUAGGAUCUUUGUUGGUGAAUUGACUAGCACUGUCAUGUGUGAGGAAUGUGAACAUAUUUCAACAGUAAAAGAACCUUUCAUUGAUCUUUCCCUGCCUAUAAUAGAGGAGAGGGUUGCAAAGCCAGUGCCUUUGGGAAGGACAGGCAAAGGCAAAAGCACACAGGAGGCAGAUGUUGCUCAGUACAACUGUGCUGCUCUCACUGCACUCAGCAGUCAGCCCAAAGUGGGCAAGAAGCAGGCUGGAACAAAGGAUAAGAACCAGCUGAACCAGGAGAGAUGGCUCGCCAGGAAAGCUGCUGCCAAGGAAGGAGAGCAAAGUCCUGUUAUCGUGCAGGAGAGAGCCAGGAAACUGGAGCUGGGAGGUGGCUCUGGUGUGCUGCACUGCAAAGACUCGAGUGCUGACUGCCCUGCCCCCGGCAGCCAGACAGAGGGCAGCGAGAAGGAAGGCAGCCGCUCCGAGAGCAGCUUUGAUGCCGACAGCGAGGCCUCGGAGAGCGAAACUGCUUUGAAGCAAGCAGCCUCCAGCCCAGCCAGCAACUCCUCUGCGCUGCAGGUCACCCACCUCAGUGCGAAGAUGCCACACAACAAAGCAGGGGACAGCAGUGAGGAGCUGAUUUCCAGCGCCAUGGCCAAGCUCAGCUUCUGCGAUGCCAUAGCUGAAGAGAAGAGGCUGAGCCGUGGAGACCCCACGCUGGGCUUGGCCAACACCUCCACAUUUGCAGUGGACAAAUCCUCCCUGCCCCAGAACCCCCAAAAUGCCUUCCAGACACUGUCCCAGAGCUACGUCCCCAGCUCCAAGGAGUGUUCCGUGCAGUCCUGCCUUUACCAGUUCACCUCUGUAGAGCUCCUGAUGGGCAACAACAAACUGUGGUGCGAGAGCUGCACGGAGAGGAAGCAGAAGCGCCAGAAGAAGGCCAACGGCACAGGAGGUUACAAAGCACCCAGAUCCCGCGGGGCUGCCUUCACUUUACAAAGGGCUUUUCUGUCCACACAUGCAGACAAGAAGCUGGAAGGUGUCUACACAAACGCCCGCAAGCAGCUGCUCAUCUCCUCGGUUCCUGCUGUUCUCAUUCUCCACCUGAAAAGAUUCCACCAGGCUGGGCUGAGCCUGCGGAAGGUGAACCGGCACGUGGACUUCCCGCUCGUCUUGGACCUGGCACCGUUCUGUGCUGCCUCCUGCAAGAACGUUGCGGACGGAGGCCGAGUGCUGUACAGCCUCUAUGGGAUCGUGGAGCACAGUGGGUCCAUGAGGGGUGGCCACUACGCAGCCUAUGUCAAAGUCAGGACCCCCUCCAAGAAGCUCCUGGAGCAGAUGAAUGCCACUAGGAAUGUUCUGGGUUUGAAAGAAGCCAUGGGAGCAGCAGGAGGGCAGUGGGUGUAUGUCAGCGAUGCCCACGUUCAGAUGGUCCCAGAAUCCAGAGUCCUGAGUGCCCAAGCAUACCUCCUGUUCUAUGAGAGACUACUGCUCUGACUGCCCAGCUGCAAGGGGACAGAUGCUAGUGGUUAGCUGAGCUCACUUAAAGCUGCAGUGCUAAGAGUAGCUGUAAAUAUUGUGCCUUUCUCUUGUAAGAAUUUACCCUGUGUGGGCACUGAAGUUCAGUCAAGCUCUUGGAAAUACCUGAAUGGUUCUCCUGCAGUAUGCACUUUGCCCUGGCUUCAUUAAACCCUGCUGCUGUUAGAAUGUCAGAUGCUGCCCUAGCCUCCUGAGGUCUGUGUGAAGCUGGGUUUGGGCUUUGUGGAGGUUAGCUCUCAGCCAGAGCCCUGCUGGCACUGGGAGUGUUAAGUGCUUGGGUUUGCUGCUGUCCAGUACCCACAGGAAGCAUGUAUGGGACCUAUGCCAGGUCCUUCCCAGCACUGGGUUGGAUCUUAGCAAACAAGAACCUGUCAAGUCCUGCAGCUUCCAGGUGGGGAAGCAGUGCUACCAGCCUGGAGUAGCACCAGCUGCUGUGGGGAGGGCUGGCAAGGGGCUGGGAAAUUGUGGCUCUGCAGAGGGGAGCCCCCAGUGUCUCCAGCCUACUCCUGGUCUCCUUGGUGUGCACAGGGACACCCCCUGAGGUGCAGGUGACAGAGCCUGCACACCACACAUCCAGCAAGCUGCACUGUCAGUGUAGCUGCUGGGGAGGCCAGCUGCAGCCCUUCUCCUGCACUAAGUCCAUUCUGAUCCUCCCAGGCUGGCAGUGCUCAGCACCCAGGCUUGUGUACCAGCAUGGGGGGAGUGCUGGCACCUGCCCUUCUGAACGUGGAUUUGUGUCUGUUCCUGAGUACUUUUCUCACAGGAGUAAUAAACUGUACAUUAUUUUUGCA